CAUCUACCGUUAAGUUAUAACUAAUCAUAUACCUUUACUAUUUUCUAAUCUCUAUCUGUUAUGGUUAUUUGUUAUGUGUUUGUUCAGAUCUUUGGCCUGCACCAUUCUUGUACUUCUUUGCUCUGCCUCCAGCUCCGCAUAUUUUAACAUCCUUACCUCAUUUCGCCACCUGAUCUCUAGGAAUUUUCUUCAUGGCGGAAAUUGCAACACUAAUUCUUGAAUUCAUAAAGUGUGUGGUGCCUCCAACACAAAGUUGUGUAGAUAAUCACAGAAACUUCAAAGAAAAUGCAAAAGAUUUGGAAGACAAAUUGAGCACUCUUAAUUGCAAAAAAGUAGAUGUAGAAACACAACUUCUAAAUGAGGUUUGCUCAGAAAAACAAGCCAAAAAAGAAGUGGAGAAAUGGGUUCAAGAUGUAGAGAAGAUCAAUGCUGAAAUUCAAGAUGUUUUGAAAAGGGUGCACAGUGCUUCAUACUUCUCACGAGCUCGCCUUGGAAAACUUGCUCGUGAAAAAAUUGAUGUACUGGAUGCAAUUCUUCAACGAGGCAAUUUUCCUGAAGGACUGGUACUUAAUAAGCCUGCAAUUAGUUUGCCUAUACCAGUAGAGGAUCUAGAAGGCGAGGAUACCGUGAAGGAAGAAAUAUUGGGAUACUUGAAAGGCAAUGAGGUCCCAAUGAUUGGAGUUUGUGGAAUCGGGGGUGUUGGGAAGACCACCAUUAUGAAACAUAUUCAUAAUGAAUUGCUAUUGAUGGAGUCUAGAUUUGAUAAUGUGAUCUGGGUCACCGUCUCAUAUCCACUCAAUGUUGUUAGAUUACAACAUGAAAUUGCUGAGAGAAUGAAUGAAAGCUUCCUAGAGAAUGAGGAUGAGCAAAGCCUGGCUUCAAGAUUGAUGCAGAUAAUGGGAAAAGUGAAAUAUGUGUUGAUAUUAGAUGAUGUGUGGCAGAGGUUUACUCUCAAAGAUGUUGGAAUCCCGAGUCCCACAAAGGAAAACGGUUGCAAAAUAGUUAUUACUAGUAGAAAGGUGGAUGUAUGCCAGUUCCUUGGUUGUGAAAUAGUUAAAGUGUCUCCUCUUUCAGAGGAAGAGUCUUUGAAUUUGUUCUUAGAUAAGGUGGGAAGGGACAUUCUACAAAAUCAAGAAUUGGGAGAAAUUUUGAAGCUUAUGGUGAAGGAGUGUGCUGGACUACCAUUGGCCGUUGUUGUAAUAGCUGGAAGCAUGAUAGGAGUAACUGAUGUUCACCAGUGGAGGCAUGCUUUAAAUGAAUUACGUGAACGCCUAAGAGCUAUAGUCGAAGGUUCAGAAGACCAGAUAUUUGAGCGGUUGAAGUUCAGCUAUGAUCGUUUGCAAGAUUCAAAAACCCAAAAUUGUUUCUUAUCUUGCUCAUUAUAUGCUGAAGACUAUCAAAUUAGAAAAGAGAAUCUAGUCAAACAAUGGAUUGAUGAGGGACUUGUUGAAGAAUUAGGCAGUAGACGAGCGAUGCUUGAUAAAGGAUGGACCAUAUUAAACAAACUUGAGAACAGUUGUCUGUUAGAGAAAGGUCAUUCUGAGGCCUUUAUUAAAUUGCAUGAUGUUGUGAGAGAUAUGGCAUUGCGCAUCAGUCCUCAAUUUAUGGUGAAAGCUCGUAUGAGACUAACAGAGAUACCAGAUAAGCAUGAAUGGGCUGAAAAUCUUGAAAAGGUUUCCUUGAUGCAGAAUGAAAUUUCAGAUAUUCCUCUAAACAUGUGCCCAAAUUGUCCCAUUCUCACAACCUUGAUGUUGCAAGGGAAUAGGGCAUUGAGCCAAAUUCCAGAUUGCUUUUUUGCAAACAUGCAAGGGCUCAAGUGUUUAAAUCUUUCUGAAACUAGCAUUGAAAGUCUACCUCAUUCCAUCUGCAAUUUGGAGAAUCUUACUACAUUGCUCUUGCAAAAUUGUAGGCAAUUAAAACAUGUGCCUUUCUUAGCAAAGCUUAAGGCAUUGAAGAAGUUGGAUCUGUGUGAGGCAAGAAUUGAGGUGGCCCCUGAAGGCAUUGAUAUGCUUGUAAAUCUCCAAUAUCUUGAUUUAUGGUGUCCAAAAUUGGUGGAGCUAUCGACACAACUACUCAGUAACCUUUCUUACCUCCAACACUUGAUAGUAUAUUACAAAUCAACUACUUUAAAGAUAAAAGGAGAAGAAGUAAGAGGAUUGAAGAAGUUGGAGACUUUUCAAGCUCAAUUGUAUGACUUGCAAGACUUUAACAAUUAUGUCAAGUCUAACCAUUUUAAAAGAUUGAGUAAUUACCAGCUUGUGGUUGGACAAGUGGAGGAAGACUUUGAUCCUUCUAUUAAUUUGUCUAAAGUAAUAAGUUUAGGAGAAUGUGAGAUAGGUGGAGAAGAUAGUGUGGUGCUUCCAGAUGACGUGGAGGAACUAUGGAUUUAUCGGUUUAGAAAUUUUAAAAGCUUAAGUGAUAUUUAUUCUCUCCAAAAAACAGCUGAGUUGAGAAGGUGUUUUGUUACCGAGUGUGAAGAGAUAGGGUGUGUGGUUGACAUGGUUACAUCAUCAUCAUCUUUCAUUAAUAACCUUGAACGGCUAUGCCUUGAUAAGUUGCCCAACUUGAGUGUUGUUGCGAAUGUGGAAGGAGUAGAAGCAACAUCGCCUUACAUCUUUUCCAAUCUUAAAUCCUUUGGGAUGUGGGAAUGUUCUACAAUGAAGAGGUUGUUUUCAUUUGAGCUGUUGCAAGGCCUCCAAAACUUGGAGGAGAUUACAGUUCAGAAUUGUCAACAAAUGGAGGAAAUAAUAGGGUGGGAAGGAGAAGAGGAAAAUCACACAGCUGAUGCAACUACUACUACUACUACAUUCACUCUUCCAAAAUUAAGAGAGUUGAAUUUGCAGAAUUUACCAGAAUUGAAGAGAAUCUGCCCCACAAGAGGAGUUAUGGUUUGUGAUUCUCUCCAACUGUUACAAAUAGUUGAAUGUCCAAAGUUAAGGAGGAUUCCCCUGGUAGGGAAUGUACGGCCAUCUCCUCAUGCUGCUCUAAAAAAAAUCUAUAUAAAGCCAAAAGAAUUAUGGGAAUCACUGGAGUGGGACGAUCCCAGUGCCAAAAAUGUCCUUCAACCCUCCGUGUAUUUCCUUUGAGGACUACAAAUGGAAAGUUUUACAUCAAAUCAAAUGGAUGAGAUCCAAUACCACAGUUAAGCCUUUUUUUCUUUUCUUAUUAAUGUUCAAACUGCAAUAUUUUACUCUCGUUUCUUUUUUCGCCCUUAUUUUUCUGCAAAAUAUCCUUUAUUUUUCUUAAUCAUAUAUUUACUGUCUAACUAUUGGAAACCAAAUAUUUUUGUGGUUCAUAAAUAUAGAUCGAUCUUGUGGUUGAUAUUCUUAGCUAUCAUUUGAUUCAAUUCACUCAUAAUCACUGAUGUUUAAUUAAUUUGUCUUUCAUCUAGUGUGCAAUGUAUAAAUAACAAACUGAUCUUGUGUUAAUUGAUUUUGAUUAAACUAGUUGUUGUUGUCAUUUAAUUGAUUUAUUGUGAUUCGUGGGAAAAACUGUCAAAGUUUAUAUGAUUUUUGGAUUUAAAGGCAAGAAGUCCAGGAAGAUUUGAGCUCAUUUUUUGUUAUGCACAUUAAGUGUUUGAUGAAAUGCUUGUGUGAGGAUACGGGUUUGUUUUUCUGAAAUGUGUUUGCUAGGAUAGGCUACACUAGGUAUAGGGGUUUAGAAAGAUGGCGUAGGGUAUUUUAGAGUGAUAUGCUAUAUAUGUUUUCAAGUUAAGAAUCUUUGUAAUGUGGAUUAGAUUACUCCUUAAACCUUACACUCCUCUUUUAUUGAUGAUGAAUGGCUUUGUGUUAACAUGUUAUGUCGGUUGGGUUUGCAUCUUUGUUCACCUUGUCAAAAGGAUCUCAUCUUGGAAUGGACAGGAAAUUAAACCAAAAUGAAUGGGUGGAUUCCACACAUCUGCUUGAUCUGAUUGUUGUUUCAUAAUCUUUGAAAUCUCCGUUUGUUUUUAGAAUGCUAGUAUUAUGUAUAACUCAAUUCAAUCCUUCUUGUCUUUGGUAAUUUGUAUUAUGUUGUAUAAAUUACAUCAAAUAAU